AUGGUAGGAGGACUAGACCGAUAUUACCAAAUCGCUAAGUCUUUCCGCAAUGAAGAUGCGCGCAGUAAUCGACAAAUCGAGUUUUCACAACUAGAUCUAGAAAUGACACUGGCCACUUCGCGACAAAUAAUGAGAAUUAUUGAAAAUCUUCUCCAAAGUGUCUUAAAAAAAGUUUUUGAGACUAAAAAAUAUGAAACAGCCCGUCAUCCCUUUACUAUUCCACAAAAAAAAUACAUUAGUCCCUUAUUAAAUGAAAAAGUCAAACCAGAAAAAGUAAUUUGUGAAGCUUUCGAUCUGGUCUGCAACGGUGAGGAAAUAUUAAGUGGUGGAUUACGCAUUCACCAGCAUGAAUUACAAGAAAAAAUUUUGGAGAUAUUAGGUUAUAACAAGCAAGAACAAGUAGAAAAUUUUGGUUACUUUUUACAAGCUCUUGAAUUUGCUGCUCCACCUCAUGGCGGGUUUGGGAUGGGGAUUGACCGCUUACUAGCCAUCAUAUUAAACACCGAUAAUCUAAAAGAACUAAUUGCUUUUCCCAAAAAUAUUGACGGAACUUGUUCGCUGACCGGGACACCUAACCUUUUAGCAGUUGGAAAAGAGUUAAAAGAAUUAUCUCAUGCCGAGAAAAGGAAAAAGGAACGAUUAGAACAAUAA